GCGUCGUCAUUGCUCUCUUUCGGCCCUUGUGGUCUGCCGUUGUGAGGGUCGUGCUUAUUUUGGACCUCCUCCGAUAUUUCCUGGUUCUCUGGUCCUGCACCGGUUUUGCUUCUGCAUAUUUGUGGUUUUUGAGCUGCGGAUUUCAAGGGUUUAGACAAUUUUCGUGUAAUUUUUGGCUGAGUUUGGAGUCAUGGCGAGCACGAUAGAUUUUCGGCACUUGGACGAGGGGCUCGGGGGUGCGAAGAGGAAGCGUAAGAGAGCGGAGGAAGAGGAGGCGGUUGAAUUGGCCGCGGCGGAGGCGAUGGAUGUAGGCGAGGAGACGAAGCAUGCCAGUAAGCGAGCUGCCGUAGCCGGAGAUGGCCAGAAUAAGCCGGUGUAUGGACGGCCGACAUAUGACGGUGUGUUGGCGGGUAAGGUUUCAGGACGGAAAUGGAAAGCGCACAAGACCACGCGUACCUCGGCGAUGAAGGUGGUUGGGCGGAAGUCCACUUUGGAGGAGAAGAACCGAGAGAAGGAGGUGAAGCGGGCUUACAAAGAGCGUAUGAUGGAGCUCAAGGAGCAGAUUAGGGCAAGUAAAGUUGAGAAGCGAAAGAAGAAUGAGGAGCGUUUGAGGAUUAAGAAGGAGAAUGAGCUUCGAGGGCAGGCUGUGCAGAAAGUCACUAACCCCAAGACUAUUAAGAAAAUGUCGAAGAAGCAAAGAAAGCUCCUCAGGCCUGCUCCUAAUUAGGUCAACUGAUCUCAAUUUCUCAAGUCAUCCUUUGGGCUCCGCAACUCUUGGUAAUUUUGUCAUACAUCAAUUGGAAAAAUUACUGUUAUGUACAUCGCACUUUUCGUAGCUGCGUGAUCAAUGCUGGUGUUUGUUGCCGGUGGGUUGGCUCUUCUUGGUCCUCCCAUGAGCUGAGCGCUAGAUAUUGUCUAUGAAGCUUGCGAGCUUGUUUGAUUUGCAUGCUCCCUAUAUCCUGGAGAACAUUGAGCUUUGAAAAUGUAACAAUAUUUAGUAAUCUUCUACCAAUUUUAAAGAAUCUCAAAUUUCGAUUUUCUAUGGGGCAAUCGAGCUCGACGCCCUCUUUUAGGGUCUGUUACUGCCUGGACUAUGAAGCAAUGAAACGUAGCGGUAGUCAGGAUGGAUCCUUUUGAGUUCUUACUGUUUGUGUGCGUAUCUGAGUAGCAGUGGACGCUCCUGAAACUUGUACCCUUUGUUAGCUAAGGGGAAUGUCAAUGGCACUCUCCGGCAGUGCCUCCGAGGCAGUGGCCUGAAUUAACAGUGUUACAGUGCUGCUUCCUUCAUGUCCACCUCACGUAUUGUGCAAUAGAAGCCAUGCACCGCGUCCUUACUCUCA